GCCAUUUACUGUAGUACAUUUAAAGAUCGCUGAAAAAAAAAUCUCAUCAAAACUUUUAUAUGAUAUAGCAUAUAUUAAAUUUGCACAUACAAUUCUAACUGUCAAGACAUACAUACAUAUAUACAUUCAUAUUAAUUAUAAUGAUAGGACUCAUACGUACGGUGAAUAUACCAAAAUAUACUCAGUUAAGGAGUGUUCAACUUUUAUCAAACAUUUAUGUUUCUAGAUCAAUAUCAUUAAAACCAGACUUUUCAAAAUUCAAAAAGAUUGAACAACCUCCAGGAUAUAUUGUUGGAACAGUUAAUGAUGCAUAUAUACCUCCACCAGCUAAAUUUACAGAAGGUGGUUAUCAUUGGGCUUAUGAAAAAAUAGUAACAAUUGGAAUGAUACCUACCUUAACAGUACCAUUCAUUUUUGGUCCUGAAUAUCCUAUUAUAGAUAGUUUUUUCUCAGUAUUAUUAUUAAUUCAUUGUCAUUUUGGAUUUAAAUCAUGUAUUAUUGAUUAUAUACCUGCAAGAGUUUAUGGGGUAUGGCAUAAGAUAGCUACAAGAUUAUUGACUUUUGGAUCUUGUCUUUCUAUGUAUGGUAUUUAUGUUCUUGAAACAUCAGGAAAUGGACUUUUUGAAUUAAUUAGAACUUUAUGGUCUGCUUAAAUAAAAGGUUUAAUUACUAGUUAAGUUAACAGUCUUACUGUGCUCUUAUAAGGAAUCUUAUCAUAUAGACAGAAAGCACAGCAAAGAUUUUUAUGUAAAUAGUUAACUCUCACUUAAUGGUAUAUAAAGAUAUAAUAUAAUUAAUUUAAUGUAUACUUAUAUAUAUAUGUGUGUAUACAUAUUUGUAUGGGUGUGUAUGUUAUAUUAAUCUCACACUAAUUAUAUACUGUAUGUUAACGGUGGAUCUCAAUAGUGGAGUACCCCCCAUAGUAAUUUGUGAGACGCAAUGAUUGAAAAAUAAAUAAUUCAAUCUCGAAUUUUCAAUGCGAUGAU